AAUUAAUUAAAAUUUAUAUAUUUUAUAUAAAAUGUAAAAUUUCUAUUAUAAUAGUCUAAGAAGUCUGUUUUGGAAUAACCAAUUGUUAAAUGUUGAAAUUAAAAUGAUACUCUAAUUAUAACAAAGGCCUUGAUUAAAAUAUAAAUGUUUGUGUGUCAGUAAAGUCAAAACAUUAUAAAUGAUAAAGAUAAAGCGCUGAUUCCCAACUUAUAUUCUGUGAAACCUUAGGAUUCCAACAUUAAAAUUUGGAGUUCUGCAAUGAAAUUAGUUUUUGAGCUUUAAUAGUUAAAAAUAUGUAUGAAAAAUUUGUUUAAAUUAAAUUGACCAGACAUCUUGAAGUAGACAGGAUAGUCCUACCUUUUGACAUGUCCCAAUUUUAAAACUGUCAUGAUAAAUGUCCCACUUUUUGGAUUGUUUCAUAAUUAUAUUCAAAAAUAGUCAAUAAUCAUUACAUAAAUUGUAAGUCAAAAAUGAAUUGCAUACAAGUUAUAGCAUAAAAAAUUUUAAUAUUGAAAUUAUAGAAAUGGUAACCCAAUUGACAAUUAUAACCAGGGCUGUGGAGUUGGAGUCGGAGUCAGGAGGAAUUUCUGGCUAGAGGAGUCGGAGUCGGAAAAAAAUGUGUCGACUCCGACUCCGGCAUUUCUCUUUUUUUGUUUUCCAUAGAAAAAUUAAAAUGUAAAAGUAUCUGCGAAAAAUUUCACCCCCAACGCGAUUUUAUAGUAAAAAUAUUAGAAUAAUAUGAAAUAAUUUAAAAUAAAUAUAUCGUUAGAGAUGUUUUAUUUGUCAUUUUAUUGCAUUAAAAACAAGUUGUAACGAGACACUGGGGUCUCCAAAAUUUACAACUAUUUGACCUUUAGCCAGCUGCUUGGUGAACUUUCGCGGGACGUCCUUACGUAAACAUCGAAGGGAAUCGGUUUGAGGGGAGGGUGUUCUAGUAAGGUGUGCAGUAGUUCCAGGAAUAAUCCCAAUAUGAACACGUGCUGUUUGGUCAUUACUACUAUUUCUCUGAGGGAGACCGACUUCCUUGUCCGAUUCAGGAUUAAUUCAGGAUUCGUACUUGCGUCCUUUUUGUCUAACCUGGGUUAACUCGGAAAAAAGUACUUAAAGGGUUUUUACUACGAUUCUCAAGUUCAGAUUAUUUUACUUGUGACUUAUACCUAAUUACCCUUUCACAAUUUCACAAUGGAAAAGAAAGUAUUUUCAAAUUCAAAGUCUGCAGUUUUUGAAUAUUAUAAACUUACUACGGAUGGAAAAUAUUAUCAGUGUAAAUGCAUUGUAGAAAAUGAUGAUGGCAAACAUGUAUGUGAAGCAAAAAUUAGCGCUUUUGCUAGUUCUGAAAAAAAAAUGCACCUACAAGAGCAGGUAAUCUAAAAAGACAUUUGCAACGUCUACAUCCUAAAAUUCUACAAGAAGUAAAUGAAAAAGAUAACAGUAGAAACACUUCAUCUAUUUUAAAAUUAGAAAAUAUCCAAAAAUUAAGUUCAGUACAAACACAAGUAUGCAAAUUCUUUGCUUCGGAUAAAGUUACAGUAACAAUGACGGGUGCAAAAUUUAAAAAUCUGAUAAUUGAAAUGGUGGUGCAAGAUAGUGUGCCUUUAAUCUUUUUUUCACGGCCAGCCUUUUUAGGCUUAAACGGUGAAAUGGCGAGAAAACUUGGAGUUUCACUAGAUAGAGAAAACAUCAGAAGGCUUAUAAUUGAAGAGGCUGUUUUGAAAAAAGAUGAACUCCGGAAAAAACUGAAGGAUCGCUUGAUAUUUAUUAAAAUGGAUGCAUGCACUCGUCAUCGAGUGAAUUAUUUUGCAAUUAAUGUUCGAUUUAUUGAUGAGAAUAAUACAAUUGUUACGAAGACAUUAGCAGUAAAAGAUACUAUGGCUCAUCACACAGGAGAGUAUCUGCAGAAGUUGGUUCAAGAGGUAUUAGAAGAUUUUAAAAUUAAAAAGGAGAAUAUUUUGUGUAUUGUAACAGAUAAUGCUUCGAAUAUGUUAAAAAUAACUGAGAAAAUGAAUCAAGAUAAUGAGAUUCCAUUAGAAGACAUUCAUGAAAUAUUCUCCAUUGACACACAAAUCGAGCCUAUAAUAGAAAAAGAGGAAUAUUUAGAUGAUAUUGUGGAGGAAGCGUCCAAUAUGUUUCAAAUCCAGCAUAUGCGAUGUGCUGUUCACACGUUGCAAUUAGCAAUAAGAGAUGGAUUAAAAGACUCUCAGGUAGCUAAAAUNUUACACGAUGACACACAUUUCGAAUAUGAAAUCAGGAAGAAAUUGAAAAGACAAAGUCACCAAUUGGACAAAUGA